CACCUGGACCACAAGGCCUCGGAGCAUGACCGGGAUUUCAAGCGCGCAGCUCGGGAUCGCGAGCGCGAAGCUCGAGCUCUGCAGGCCCAAGUGGAUAGUCUUUCGCAAGAAAAUGACGACCUCCGCGACUGCAUCCGGGGUCUCGAGAACAGGCUCACGGCGAGGUCCCUGAACGUGGCCCGGACGAUGAACUUCUUGAACCGCCAUGGCACUCGGGUCGACGGCAGCUGGCCUCGCCUGAAGGCGCUGUUGGAACACGCCAAGGACUCCAAGAUGCCUCCGAGUGGCUGGAAGACACAGAUCCUGGUCAACGCAAUUGAUGACUUUGGAGCACAAUUUGGACCUUACACCUUCGAAGACGAGGGCAGUCCAGACGACGGCGACUCCAAGGAGAAUGACAGGUCUGGAAACCGUGACGGCAGCAAGGACAAGCCUCUGGAUCUCUCGCACGAUUCGUCAGGUCCGCAGCAGACGCCCAAGAAACCCAAGGCGUCGGGCAAGUCUCGAUCUUGGGGUACGGUUCAGCUUCGCCCCUCGGCGUACACGCCGAAUGAUCAUGACGCUCUGGAUGCCACCAAGCAGCCACUCCGGACCGUCACUCAGGUACGCGAGUCUUUGAAGGAUCUCCCGGUGGUCUGGUCCAAGCAACGUUCGGACUUGCAGCAGGUCAUGCUAUGCGGACUUGAUUUUCAGGACGCUCUGGAUCUGGCCAGCGGGGACAACGAGGUGCACACCAGGAUCACAUCGCGGGCUUUGACUCAGAUGUUGGUCCGGAUGAUGUACUGGGGCAAGCUCGACCAGACUCCGUGGACCAAGCGCUCAUCGAGUCGACGAACGAGAUGGCCCAACUUAAAGAAGGUUCGUCUGGAAGAUGAAGCUGAGAUCCAGAUGGCGCUCUACGAGGACGUCUCGAGCGAGGAAGAUAGUGAGCGGGACGCGGAGUUUCAAGAUGGCAGUCCAAGUGGCAAGUCCCAGAGCAGCUCCGGUCGUCGGACGCCUCCGCCUCGGGGCGCCAAGCGCAAGCGCGACUCGGAAUCCGGAGCGUCGGGGAAGUCUUCGGGCGGCAGUGAUUCUGGGGAGCCUGAACACAAGAGGUCCCGACCUUCUCAAGAACGCAAGCAGUCUGCUCUCGCCCGGAAGAAGUCGUCGAAGUUCCGGGUCGUGGUGUCGUCUCUUGGCGUCACUAUGGGCUGCUAA